AUGAAAUUUGUGUUGUCUCAAAGCAUACCAAAAUCAAUGAAUGAAUUGCCAAAGUUUAAUCAUCUUUAUAACAUGAUUCAUAUUGAUGAAAAAUGGUUUUUCAUGAGCAAAAUCACACAAAGAUUCUACUUGUUAUCAGAAGAAGAGGACCCAUACAGAGCAUGCCAAUCAAAAGCAUUCAUUACAAAAGUUAUGUUCUUAGCUGCCAUAGCAAGACCAUGGUUAGGGCCAACAGGGGACAUAUUAUGGGAUGGGAAGAUUGGUAUCUUCCCAUUCAUAGAUGAAGUUAGAGCACAAAGGUGGUCAGCUAACAGACCAGCAGGUACAAUUGAAAAGAAGGCAAAGCAAAGUAUUACAAAGGAAACCAUCAGGGAAAUGAUAAUCAACAAGCUUCUGCCAGCAAUUAGAGCAAAAUGGCCAGAGAAUGGGUGCAAAGAGAUAUGGAUUCAGCAGGACAAUGCUAGACCCCAUAUCCAACCUAAUGAUGCUGAGUUUUUGGAAGCAUGUAGAGAAGGUGGUUUUGAAAUUAACAUAAUCUGCCAGCCAGCCCAGUCACCUGACCUCAAUAUACUGGAUUUGGGUUUCUUCAAAGCCAUUCAAUCAAUUCAACAUCAGAGCUUUCCAAAAACAGUUGAUGAGUUGAUUAAAAGUGUUGAAGAUGCAUACACAGUGUAUGAGCCUAGGAUAAUCAACUAUACUUGGAUACAUUUGAUGUAUGUUAUGGUGGAGAUAUUGAAGGUCAAGGGUGGAAACAAUUACAAAAACCCACACAAUUCCAAAAAAAAGAUGGACAGAUUGGGUCUACUACCAACUACUGUUGAAAUUUCAGAGGAGUUGGUAAAUGACACAGUUAAUCUACUCAAUCAAGACAUUGUGUUUGGGCCUGAGCCAUUUGAAGCAAUGGAAUUGCUUCCAGAAGAUCAGUAG